GCUCGUCGAACGAUAGAUGCCACAUUCGAUAUACUUCAGCGACGAUUUGCUGUGCUCCAGAAGCCCCUCCAACUGGAGCCGGGCAGAGGAAGUCGGCUUAUCACAUCCCUUCUGAUCCUGCACAACCUCGUGGCUUGGAAACAAGAUAUCUCCAAAUACGUGGACCGGUAUCCUCCAAGUAAAGAAUCGCUUGUCGGCCUUCAACCAAUCACUCAGACGGAAGGACCCGAAGAGGCUCGGCUAGCCAGGGAACGAAUAGUCCAGCAUUACGACAAUGUCUACGGGGUCGUAAUGUAG